AUGAAGUUUGCAUCCUCCAUUGCAUUUGUCGUUGCCAGCUCGCUAGCGCUGGCAAUGGCACAGAGCAAGCCUCGGUACUUGAAUGAAAAGUCGGCCAAGUUUGCCGUCAACGGCACAGGUAUCCCCAACGUGCCAUUCGAUAUCGGCGAGUCCUACGCUGGACACUUGCCUGUCUCGUCCAACCUUAAUGAGACUGACUUUGUCUACUUUUGGUUCUUACCGUCCCAAGACACAGAUGUCAAUGACGAGAUUGCCAUCUGGAUGGACGGUCUUGGCUGCACCCCCCAGGCCGACGCGAUAUCGCAGAACGGCCCUUUUUUGUGGAAGGAUGGAACACCACGACCAGCUAAGAAUCUAUAUACGUGGCACAACCUAACAAAUGUAGUAUAUGUCGAUGCACCGCACAAGGCAGCCAGCUUGAGUGAGCCCACUGAUCAAGUGGCGGCCGAGUUCAAGGGCUCCUGGAAGAACUUUGUCGACACCUUUCAGCUAAAAGGUUACCAGGUCUUUAUGCACGGAGAGCUAGACGGUGGCCAGUAUAUCCCGUACAUUGCAGAGAGUUUCCUGGAUGACGAAAACAAAGACUACUUUGACCUCAAAGGUAUGACACUCAACAACCCUAACAUUGGCAGCCUCUUGCUUCAAGAGGAAUAUCCCAUGGUACCGUUUUUCAACACCUGGUCGCGACUUUUGGGCACAGACGACGAUACAAUGAAGAUCAUCAACGAUCUCUACAACAAAGGCCCGCAGCCAGCCUACACAGAAAAGUACUUUCGGUUCCCUCCACCCCAGGUCCCCUUCCCAGAGCCGCCAUUGUACAGAGAGUACUUUUCCUACACUUCCCAGAGCCUACACAAUGCCAACCCUUGCUUUACGGGUGAGAACAUUGCCGACCGAUGCCCGUACUUGGAAAGCCACCUUGGAAAUCACGAUGAGCUAGACAUCUACAACCCGGCCAACAAAAACUGGUACCUACGCCCUGACGUAUCCGCCGCGCUGCAUUACAAGCCGUCGUAUGAAUUCGGCUGCAACUUCCACCUGACGCAGAUUUACACGGAUCCUGCGGGCGACGGAACGCUAGGUAGAGUCAUUGACAAGACACACAACGUCAUCAUCGGCGCCGGAGCACUCGCAUACAAUCGCUUUGCCAACGGUACACUCUUCCAGCUCCAAAACGUCACCUGGGGUGGCGAGCAGGGCUUCCACAAUUACCCGGUCAAGCCGAUUUCUAUCCCAGAUCACUGGAACGAGAACACUGAGGCGCGCGGAGCCAAGGGGUUUGUGGGAAGAUAUGUCCAGGAGCGAGGCCUAACGUUUUUUAUUGCAAACGCUGGCGGCAUGCAUUUGUACGGCAAUGCGCCUACUCUUGGCUACCGUAUGAUCCAACAGUCACUAGGCCACAUCUCCAACUUUAGCAGCACAGCGCCGCUCUUUUGAUAUGUUUGCAAGUAAACGAUUGGCCGG